GUUCAUGUCGUUAUGGAAUUAUGUGAACGGGGUGAGCUUUAUGAUAGGAUUGUGGGAAAGGGAUAUUACACGGAAAGAAAGGCAGCUAAACUUGCAAGGACUAUAGUUAGUGUUGUUAAGGAUUGCCACGCCCUUGGAGUAAUACAUCUUGAUCUUAAGCCUGAGAAUUUUCUUUUCGUUAAUGGCCAUGAAGACUCCACCCUUAAGGCAAUAGAUUUUGGAUUGUCUGUUUUCUUUAAACCAGGAGAUGUUUUCAAGGAUCCGGUUGGAAGUCCUUUUUAUAUAGCACCUGAAGUUCUAGGCAAACGUUAUGGCCCAGAAGCUGAUGUCUGGAGUGCUGGUGUGAUCAUAUACAUUCUCUUAUGCGGAACACCUCCAUUUUGGGGUGGAACAGAGCGAGAAAUAUAUUGGAAUGUUUUGCAUGGUGAUCUUAAUUUCUCUUCAGAUCCUUGGCUGUAUAUAUCUGAAAGUGCAAAAGACUUGAUUAGGAAGAUGCUUGUUAGAGAUCCUAAACAAAGGAUAACAGUUGAUGAAGUUCUUCGUCACCCUUGGUUUCAGGUUGAUGGAGGUGCGCCUCUUGAUUCUGCAGCUUUGAGUCGCCUGAAGCAGUUUUCUUUAAUGAAAAAGCUCAAGAAAACGGCUUUUACAAUUAUUGCACAGAAUCUUUCUGAAGAAGAAAUUUCUGGUUUGAAAGAAAUGUUUAAGAAGAUAGAUACUGACAACAGUGGUCAAAUAAGUUUUGAAGAACUCAAGGUUGGACUGAAAACGUUUGGUGCUAAUCUCAGGGGAUCUGAAAUUUUCGAUCUAAUGCAAGCUGCAGAUGUUGAUAACAGUGGUACAAUAGACUAUGGAGAAUUCAUAGAUGCAACAUUGCAUUUAAACAAAGUUGAUAUGGAAGAUCAUUUUGUUGACGCAUUCUCAUAUUUUGAUAAAGACGAUAGUGGCCACAUCACUCAAGGUAAGCUUCAAGCUUGUGAAGAAUUCGGCACGCAGGAUGUCCUCUUGGAGGAAAUGAUCCGAGAAGCUGAUCAGAAUAAUGAUAGCCGAAUAGACUACAAUGAAUUCGUGGCUAUGAUGCAGAGAGGCAAUGCAGAUUUAGGUAGUAGCGGUCUAAAGGAUAACACUAGUUUUAGCAUUGGAUUUAUGGAGGCACUCUCAGUAUGUUAA